AUGCCUCCAAGCCCUUUCUCUAUUAUUGUGCGGGCUUUCCUCGAGCCCCUCGCGCGCCUCACCGGCGCCAUGAGAAGGCUCUUUGCCUUCAUAUGGAAGCCCAAGAAAGCCGAUGGUUCAGAUGCUAGCAAAGCUGAAGAAGCUCUUGAGCCGGGUACCAAGAUUUUACUACUGGGGCUCAUGCGCAAAGUGGUGCUGCUCGAGCCAUCAAAUACAGUUGUCAAGUCUGGGAGAUACUUGGAUCCCGCCGAGGCAGAGGGUCUCAAAGUCGCCAACGAGGCGAACAUCCCAUCUCCUCGUCUGCAUAAUGUGAUCCGCCAACCUCGCCAGCUUGAAAUAAGUAUGGACUAUGUUCCAGGGCAGACGCUGGAAGAACUAUGGCCCAACAUGUCUGCUGAUGAGAAGAAGAGCGCUGCCACUCAACUUCGUGAAAUAAUCGAGCAAAUGCAAGCGAUAGAGCCGCCGCCCAACUAUAUCGGCCGUUGCAGCGGCACUGGAGUCCGCGACACACGUGUGCGCAUGACAUACGAUGGGCCAGUUUGCAAAGACGAAACAGAAUUCAACGAAUACUUGAUUUCGUCACUUUUUCCACCAAUACCCUCUGUACUAAAGAGCUCAUUUCGUGACCACCUACGAACUGGCCAUCGCAUCGUUUUCACGCAUGGAGAUCUUGCACCAAGAAAUAUCAUGAUGCAAGAUGGGAAAAUCUCCGGUAUUGUUGAUUGGGAGGAGUCCGGGUGGUAUCCAGAGUAUUGGGAACUUAUAAAGUUCAUCGAACGUCCUGCCAAGGCCGACUGGAAGCAAUACGCGGAAAUUAUAUUCCCUAAGCAAUACCCAACUGAACUGCUUGCCUACACGGCCAUAUCCAAGUGGCGAGCCGGUUGA